AUGUCCUCGUCGACUUCCCGUCCGCCAAACGCUCAGGCCAGCGGUAGCGGCGGUGUACCCACUCCGAAGGCGCCAACGAAGCCUCCAGUUGUCCAACCAGGAACAGGAAAGAACAUCAUCAUAAACCCCAAUCAACGACUGAAUCCUGUACUUGAAUGUAUAAGGAAUGUGGGGAAGGAGUUUGGAGACAUCGUGGUGGACUUUCAGGUCGGGAAGACGACGGGAGUUCUGUUUCUCAGCCUACGAUAUCAUCGGUUGCAUCCUGAGUAUAUCCACAAGCGGAUAGAGGUGCUGGGCCAUUCGUAUAAUUUACGAAUAUUACUACUACUGUGCGACAUAACGGAACACCAAGAACACAUUCGAGAGCUCACCAAGAUAUGCAUUAUCAACAACAUCACGAUGAUUGUGGCAUGGAGCCCAGAUGAAGCAGGACAAUAUCUCGCCACGUUCAAACAAUUCGAACACAGACCUCCUGACCUCAUUCGCGAACGGGUUGAACGCGAACCGAUGGCUAUGUUACGAAAUUCGCUCACUAGCAUCAGCAAAGUGAACAAAACGGACGUUGAGACACUGCGGACUACGUUUGGUAGCUUUGCAAAUAUAUCUAGGGCAACAACAGACCAGCUCACCGACCUUCCUGGUUUUGGACCCAAGAAGAUUGCACGCAUGAAGGAAGCGUUUGACAAACCAUUCCGAAACUCUGCCACCAGCGCGCUCGACUUCCCCUCGACUUCCUCUCAGCCUAAAGCUCAGAGUAGACUGCCGCCAUCGGCAACAGACAGAUCAGGUGCGAAUAGCAGUAUUACUGCUGAGAGUCACGAUAAGGGAAAGGGCAAAGAGAAGGAGCCCAAUAGUGGCUCCAGUCAACCACCACCUCGCCCGCCCGUCGUCACACCAUCAUCAUUAGCUUCUAAAAAUGGAAGUCAAGGCUCGUCUGGCGCACGUCCACGAGAACCAUCGCCCGUAUGGGAUAUCGAGCUCGACUUGAAUUCUCCAUCCCCUUCGCCACCCCUGCCUUUGCGUGUCUCAACCCCUAUUCAGGGACCCAUCCAAGCUCAAGGGAAGAAGAGAGCUGCGAGCCCUGUGUGGGACAUAGAGUUGGACUUGAACGGAAGCGACAUCGAGAUGGAUGAGGACGAUGGAAGGGAGAAAAAGAGGAAGAAAGGAUGAGCAUGAUUUAGAAGAUCGAGGCAGACGGUCAACUCCAGGGUGUGUUCGGUUUCGAGCGGGUCAAUUAGGUCGGUCGAAGGGUUGGACUGUUUGGGUAUGUCAUGCUUUGCGUCGAGACCCUACAUAGAAGGCGGGCUAGCGCAAUCAUCAGACUCGUUUCAUGCGCCUUCGUUCAUACCAUGGGCUUUCUGUCAAACGCACCUGUCGGUACUGCUUCCAGUGGAUGCUGUGGAAGACUCACACAAUGUC